GGGCUGGGUGCUGUGGGGAGGCUGUUUCAGGGCUGCAGGGGAGUGGGGGGCCCACCGCCCAGGAGGCAAAGCUGGCCUCCUGCUCGCUCAGCCCUGAGCCUCUCCUCCCCAAAGCCUGGCUCCCUGCCCCCUGCUCAGGGACAGCAUCUAUUCCUUGUUCCCUCACUCCCGCAGAGGUGGAAGGGGCUGCUGAGAGCUUCUAAAACUGGAAGCAGAGGCCUCGAGGGCCUGGGGAGUGGUGGAGCCACAGCGUGGAAAGAACCGUGAUCACCACGUGACGGUCAGCCACCUGCUGACCAGAACACCUCUACUGGAUUCAAAUUGGCACCAUCUGGGACAUGAGAUCUCACUUUUGUCGUAGCUGUGGAGGACAUAAAGCCUGGAGGAUUUCACCUGGCCUCAGCCCUAAGGAGACAAAUGUCACUUAUGCUCACAUUUCAUUGGCGAGUACUACUCAUGCGACCCUGUCUACACUGGAAGGAGGGCUGGGAAGUGUAGGAGAGCACCCGGAGUGACGGCGCCAUGUCGGAGCAGCCGGGGGACGGCCGUCCGGUCGCGGGUGGCAGCAGGGCCUGCCGCCGCCUCUUCGGCCCGGUGGACAGCGAGGAGCUGCGCCGGGACUGCGACGCCCUGAUGGCCGGCUGCUUACAGGAGGCCCGCGAGCGAUGGAACUUCGACUUUGUCACCGAAACACCGUUGGAGGGUGACUUCGCCUGGGAGCGCGUGCGGGGCCUCGGCCUGCCCAAGCUCUACCUGUCCCGGGACGACUCGGGAGGGGGCAAGUGGCCCGGCGCCUCCUCGGCUCUGCUGCAGGGGACAGCCCCCGAAGACCACGUGGACCUGUCGCUGACCUGCACCCUCGUGCCUCGCCCCGGGGAGCCGCCUGAGGGCUCCCCAGGUGGGCCUGGCACCUCUCAGGGCCGAAAACGGCGGCAGACCAGCAUGACAGAUUUCUACCACUCCAGACGCCGGCUGAUCUUCUCCAAGAGGAAGCCCUGAACCGCCGCGGCAGGGCUCGCGCUCCUGGAAAUGAGGGCGGCUCGAGGCUCCUUCCACGCUUUCCGCCUUAGACUGUGCGUCUUAAUUAUUAUUUGUGUUUUAAUUUAAACUCCUCCUUGUGUACAUACCCCACCCGCCUCUCCACCCCCCAGCCUCUGGCAUUAGAACUAUUUAAAACAAAACUAGGCAGUAGGAGGAUAGGCUCAUUGGAGUGCUGGGUAUUUUUAUUAUAUGAAAUGUUAUUUAAAGCUCUCCUCUCCCUUCCCCGGGGGAGGGAGGGCUGCGUCACGCCAGCCCUCCCGCCUCCACCCUCCCGCUGGCGUACUCUCUGGGGGGGCCUGGCUCCCUCCUCCCCGUCUCGUGGGUGUCACGAAAUUCCACCCCUUUCCUGGAUUCUCAAACCUGAAUGCCUUCUAAUUUGAGAAGCAAAAAGAUAGCACUUUGAAGGGGGCCCGGCUGAGUGGGGGCAUCGCCAAGAACUUUGGAGCGCCCGCACCUCGUCCAAGACAGGGCGGGGGCCCUGGACAUGGCACAGCCCGGCACAGGGCUGGGGCUUGGCACCUGCCUGGCUCUUGAUGCCCUGCUCUGUCCCGCGCGAGGACGGCAAGGUAGGGUCCCGUAGCCAGCCAGCCCUCCCUGCAGGCCCCGUGUCCCCGCUGGGGAGCCGGCCUCAGUGCUCGGUCUUCCUGCAUUCUUCCGGGAGCCCAGCCGCCCUCUCUCCUCGCUGGGUCUCCAGUCCCCUCUGCUGCUCUCCCCUCCCCAUGUCUGUGUCCCCCAGUACCCUCGCAGCCCCGGGUGGCAGCCCUGGGGCACCUGUCCCCCUGACUCAACGCACUCAAAGGGGAAGGGACACUCGGAGAAGGGCUCCCUAGUGCUACCUCAGGCAGCUCGAGCAGCGACCGCCGCCUCCUCUUUUAGCUCUGGGGUUGGGGUCCUGGGUGGUGGCACAGGCUGCCUGAGUGGGUCUCUCCACGUGGUGCUGUGUGGUGAGGGGAACGGAUCUUUCUAGGAGGGAGACACCAGCUCCUGGAAGUUGUCCAGUGACCUUCCCCGCCUGCCCCAUCCCUCCCCGUUACAUUGCACUUUGAGAAGCAGCUGAACAAGGAGUCAGACGAUUUUUAGUGGCGGG